AUGAAUAAAAGAAAUCUGCCGCCAAAAUACUCUACGCGAUCACAGCAACAGUCUCGCGAACACGAUACACAAGGCUCUCAAAGCUAUGUGAUCGCGGGAACAACAUCGCGAAUGCGAAGAGAAAUAGCCGCUGCCCAACUCAGCCCAAAAUCACUACGUGAACACGUGAAUGCUGGGGCAAACGCGUUGCACAAUCUGCAGCAAGCUAUGCGAAUGCGUUUGAGGACUCGCAAACGCGAAGAAAAGCUUCUUCCCAUCCAGCAACCAACUCUACACGAUCGCGAUCCAUACUCUGCGAUCGCGAUUAAGCAGACCAGAUACCCAGAACUCAGCAGAACCAACAAUGCAAAAAUGAAGGAAAAUGAAGGUCACGGGUUCGAGCUGUGGAAACCGCCACUUGCCAGGAGGUCACGGGUUCGAGCCGUGGAAAUAGCCACUUGCCGAAAUGCAGGACGUAUCUUUUUCUUUUAUUCACUUGUCUGUUUUGUGUUGCUAAGUAAAAGUUUUUCUUCUUCUUCUUCCCUUGUGCAUCAUCUUUGCUCUCCUAGUGAAGCUUUUGCUUUGCUCCAGUUCAAGCAACCUUUUGAAAUAUACAACGAGUCUAGUUGGUUAUGUUAUGGAGGCCAAACUUCUUUCCCGAAAACAAUGUCUUGGAAUGAGAGUACAGAUUGCUGCACUUGGGAUGGAGUUACUUGUGACAUGUUAAUGGGGCACGUUAUCGGCCUGGAUCUUAGCUGUAGUAAGCUAAAUGGAACUAUACAUCAGAACAGCAGCCUUUUUCAACUUCAUCAUCUUCAGACACUAAACCUUGCUUUCAAUUUCUUCAAUUGGUCUGUAAUUCCAAGUGACAUUGGCCGCUUGACAGAUUUGAGGCAUCUCAACCUUUCUGGCUCUUCGUUUAGUAGUAAAAUCCCAACAGAAAUCUCAUACCUAUCGAAUUUGGUUUCACUUGAUCUUUCUUUUUCUUGGUGUGAACUUGAUCAGAAAACAUUUGAAACAUUGCUUCAGAACUUGACAAAUCUGGAGGUAGUUUCUCUCUCUACUGUCAGCAUCUCAUCUCCGAUACCUAUGAACAUGUCGUCCUCCUUAAGGUACGUGGAUCUUGAAGCAACCAAUUUGCUAGGUGUUUUUACAGAAAGCUUUUUUCUUCUACCAAAAUUGGAAAAGCUCAAAUUAGGUAACAAUGAUCUUAGAGGAGUUUUACCAAAGAUCAAGCCGAGCAACACUCUGUUGGAGUUGGAUAUUGCAAACACAGGCGUCUACGGUAAGCUGCCUGAAUCAAUUGGCACCUUCAAUUCCUUGAAUUAUUUAAACCUCGAACGAUGUAACUUCUCGGGUUCCAUUCCCCAUUCCCUUGGAAACCUAACCAAAAUUAGGGAGUUGAAUUUUGGUGGAAAUCAUUUCACAGGCCAUAUUCCUUCAACUAUCUCUAAAUUGAUGCAGCUCACAAGUUUAGAUCUUUCAUCUAACUCCCUUAGUGGUGACAUUCCCAAUGCUUUCUCUAACUUUCCAAAGCUUGUUAAAUUGGAUCUUUCUAAAAACAUCUUCACCGGUCCAUUUCCCUCUUCUAUUUUAAGCUUGGGGAGUCUUCAAAGCUUAGACUUGUCGAGUAAUUCCCUAUCUGGUUCGUUGCCAAGCAAUGCAAGCAUGCUUCAAAAGCUAGCUUAUAUGGAUUUGUCUCACAACUCACUGAAUGGUACAAUACCAUCUUGGGUUUUUAACAUCCCGCCCUAUGAAUAUUUGAAGCUCGAUCAUAAUCGGUUCAGUAGACUAGAUGUUGCUGAUAAGCUGAAGACGAACCCAGCAGUAAAGGUAUUGGAUUUAAGUCAUAAUCAACUCAGCGGUCCAGUUCUUCGAUCACUUGAAAAUCUCGUAAACCUAUUCAAUCUUGACCUCUCAUCAAAUAACAUCAGUGACAAUGUAGGAAUAGAAAUCUUUAUGACCAUGCAAAGACUUGAUUAUUUAGAUCUUUCCUAUAAUCCGCUAUCAUGGAAGAGUAGCAAUAUCACUUUCCCAAGUCUAAGAGUUUUGCUCUUAUCAUCUUGUGAACUGAAGGAUUUCCCAUACUUGUUGAGAAAUUUAAAGAAACUUCAGAUCUUGGAUCUUUCUAACAAUAAGAUUCAUGGCCCAAUCCCUAACUGGUUUAGCCGCAUGAGAUGGGACUCGUUGCAAUACCUCAACGUUUCACUCAAUUCACUUACAGGCCACCUAGAACAACUUCAUCAAUAUGAUCUAAGGAUUCUUGAUUUUAAGUUCAACUUCCUGCAGGGUCCAAUACCUUCAUCCAUUUGUAACCUGAGUAGCCUUGAAUUUUUGGAUUUAUCACGCAACAAUUUCAGCGAAUCAAUUCCAAAUUGCUUUGGCAGCAUGGCUGAGCUAUUGGUGUUGGAUUUGCGAAAGAAUAAUUUCAGUGGGAGUCUUCCACCAUUGUGUACUCGGAGCACUUCAUUGACGACCAUUAUCUUGAACAGUAAUCAAUUUGAAGGACAUGUCCCUGUGUCGUUGCUCAAUUGUCAUCGUUUAGAGGUCCUUGAUGUGGGAAAUAACGCUAUAAAUGACACAUUUCCAGCUUGGUUAGGAACUCUUCAAAUGUUGCAAGUCCUUAUAUUUAAGUCGAACAGGUUUCAUGGACCUUUAAGUCCUUGCCAAACUAAGUUUUGCUUUCCCAUGUUGAGGAUUUUCGAUAUUUCUCUAAACGAAUUCAGUGGCUCACUGCAUGCAAAAGUAUUUGACAACUUCAAAUCAAUGACAAAAUUAGAUGGAUCAGACAAAGGCGAGAUCAAAUAUAUGGAACUACAUAAUGUUGGCAUAUAUGACAUAAUGUAUAAGGAUUCAGUGAGGUUGGUGAUAAAAGGCCAGGAUAUUGAGCUAGAGAGAAUCACUACAAUAAUGACGGCCAUUGAUCUCUCAAGCAACCAUUUUGAAGGUGUAAUUCCGAAAACACUAAAGGAUCUUGGCUCACUUUGGCUACUCAAUUUAUCCCAUAACAAUCUCAGAGGUGAUAUUCCAACAGAACUGGGGCAACUGAAUAUGCUUGAAGUGUUAGAUCUCUCUUGGAAUCGACUCACAGGAAAUAUCCCAAGGGAAUUGACAAGACUAAACUUUCUGGCAGUCUUAAACCUCUCUCAGAAUCGUCUUGUUGGACCGAUUCCUCAAGGUUUACAAUUCAACACAUUUUCAAAUGACUCGUACGUUGGCAACCUUGAUUUAUGUGGUCUUCCUUUAUCAAAGCAAUGUGGAAUGAGUGAUCCAUCGCAUGUUCCUCAACCAUUUGAGUCCGAAGAAGAAGAAGAGGACGAGUCAUAUUUUGCAAGUGGAUUUACAUGGGAAUCAGUAGUCAUAGGCUACAGUUGUGGACUUGUUGUUGGAACCGUCGUGUGGAGCUUCAUGUUUAAAGCUGGUAAGCCUAAAUGGUUUGUGGAAUUUUUUGAAGGCAUUAUUCCCAACAAGAACAGAAGGCCAAAGAAGAGAGCUCAGAGAAGAAGGCCUUAAUGGGAAAUUGAGAGAGCCAACUUGUUGUUGUAUAAUAAGUAAUGUCAGUCUGUGUUUUAGUUUGUUGUGUAAGUGAAAUUUUCUGUUUCUGUUUUUCUCUUUUAAAUUUUCUGUUUGUUGUUUGUUU